AUCCGUAGUUAUUGCACAUAGCGGCGCAUGUGCAUUACGGAAGGUGAAGACAGCUAGCUGGCUAGGUCAAUUUUAAAACACGAAUAAGUAUUGUUUGUUUGACAUGUGUGCCGAUUUACGUUCAAUUUAAGUAGUUAUCCUGUGACGCGUAUAAUAUUUUGCCAGACGCAGUCAACUAAGGAGGUAGCUUGGAUUAAUAUCAGCGGUCCACAGCAUUGAGAGCCGCAACGGGAUGGCCAGUGUGCUCUGUACCAGAGCCAGGCUGGUGUCCUACCUGCCCGGUCUGCAUGUCCUGGUGAGACGCGUCGCUGGGACCCGGAGCUUCUCUGGAGCCGGCUCCUCUGGCUCCGACGAGCCCUACAUAGCCAGCAUUCCUCCAGACAUUGGACCAAGGACUGUAUGGCCGGACGAGACCAUGGGCCCGUUCGGGCCCCAAGACCAGCGCUUCCAGUUGCCCGGCAACGCGGGCUUCGACUCCCACCUGGAGGGCACGGCGGAGCAGCAGCCCAGAGUCCCGGUUCACAGGGUGCUCCCGGACGUGCUGUCCGCCCCCUCCGGCAUCGAGAGGCACGAGUUCAUCCUGGCCCAGUUUGUGGGAGAGUUCCACGGCAAAGAGGGGCCUACCUCUCCCCAGAAGGUGAACAAAGCGGAGCAGUACUUCGACAGCUCCAGUGUGGAGUGUGCCAUUCAGAGCUGCCCUGAGCUGCUCAAGAAAGAUUUUGAGUCCAUGUUUCCCGAGGCCCCUUCAAGGGGCCUGACGGUUGUCACAGUGACGCAGAAGACGAAGAACGACAUGACUUCUUGGUGUCAGGAAGUGGACAAAGAGAGGGAGUCCAUGCUGGACAACUUUGUGUCUGGGGCCAGGCAGAUCUGCUAUGCCCUGAGGACAGAGGGCUUCUGGGCCGACUUCAUCGAUCCCUCCUCCGGCAUGGCGUUCUUCGGCGCCUACACCAACAACACGCUGUUUGAGACGGACGAGCGCUACCGCCUGCUGGGCUUCCAGAUCGAGGACCUGGGCUGCUGCAAGGUGAUCCGCCACGCCCUGUGGGGCACGCACGUGUUCGUGGGCUCCGUGUUCACCAACGCGCCGCCCGGGAGCGCGAUCAUGAAGAAGCUCCAGGGGAACUGACCCCCUGACCCACCCCCACCACCACCCGAGGAGGGAGGCGUCGCGGAGCGCCGGUCGCAUCUCUCGCGGGCUGGACGAACGGUCGUGUUUGGCGUUUUUUGUUUAGGUGUAGGGGAACCUCGGCAGCCGAACACGACACUGGCGUCACGGCCGGCGGAUGAUCCACACUGGUGUUCUUUGGAAGAUUUUAAUUGGGGAAUCUACUGUAUGAUAUUAGUUUGGUACUAAAUACUUUCCCUGUGUAACAUCUGUAUUUAUUGUUUGUGAUUUAUGUGUUAUGCUGAGACUUCCCCCCCCCCACCCAACUCCUCCCUUUCUCCCCCCCACCCCACCCCCUUUUGAAACAGUAGCACGUUUGAGGGGGCUGAUAGAAUGUGAAAUAGCUCCAGAGAUGUAUCUUUCUCAUUUCUCAACCUAGCAGUGUGAGUGCAGCGAAAAGAGCUGCCACCACUGGAGGAGUCAGGCACCACACCAAACGCUGGUGACGUUUGUCUCUUAAAAACUAUUUUUCCAUGUUGCCUUUCAAAGGACGAAGCGAGGACCCGGUUGGAGUAAAGCUCCUGAAGUGCUGAGAUGAACACACCUGUCUAGAGGCAGGCAGGCAGGCAGGCAGGCAGGCAGGUCACGAUGAGAUGAAACGCAUACGGGGGAGAUUCAUUCUGUGGUUGUUGUGGCAGCUUUCCGCAGAGACCCACGUCAAAUGCAAUAAACCAAAUCUCCUAAGUCA